AGGCACACUCAAUAUGCAGAGGAAAAAUAUGCCUGGCAGGAGAUUGCUGCAGUUUUUCUCCAUUUAUGGUUAGAUACAAACGCAACAUGUAAUUCCUGCUUGAUAAAGAAGCCUUGAAAAAUAAUGAAGUAAAUCAUACGUACUUUAGAGAAACUAGCCGGUGUCAUAUACAGAUAUAUAUAUACAUAUAUAUAUAUCUAUAUAUGUAUGCCGGGGUGGAAGCUUGUCCCUCCCAUUUUUUUUCAGUGCAGUCCAGUCCAUUCAAAAUGCUUGGUCAAGUUUUCUUCCAUUCCUUUUGAGAACAGACAGCCGCUGUGACAAGAGGAGCCGAGGGAGUUCAGGAGAUCAGAGGCAAAGCAGCAGUUUCCUCUCUUCUGGGAAACCAGAUGACCUUCUUCAAAGUGAUAAUGUAAACAGCUAUCCAACAACGGCUGGAAUCGUGGGAGUUUGAAAUAAAACGUGAAGAAUUCUCCUGCAGGAUAAGUGUAGAAACAGCAAUCAAUAGGAAGAGUGGGAGGCCUUGCGGUGAGGAUAUGAGUUUGGUGGAUGUGAGGCAGACGGUGGGGUCUCUGACCCUGGCCUUGUCCAGCAACGACUCCAAGGAGCGCUACUUUGACCGCGUGGAUGAGAGCGACCCUGAGUAUCUUCGGAGCAAGAAUAUGUCACCGGACCUGAGGCAGGACUUUAACAUGAUGGAGCAGAAGAAGAGGGUCACCCAGAUCCUGCAGAGUCCAGUGUUUAAAGAUGAAUUAGAAGGUCUGAUUCAGGACCAGCUGACAAAGGGCAACAACCCUACAGGUCUCAUGGCACUGAGGCAGAUUGCUGACCUGGUCAUGGCCAGCACCACGGGAGGGGCAGGCUCCUUGACUUCUCCCAUCAGCAUCGGGAUGGUGACCCCAGUCAAUGACUUGUAUGGCGUAGAGUCUCCCUCCUUUGCCAAAGGGGAGAAACAGAGUCGCUGCAAGCUGGCCAGCCUCUACAGGCUCGUUGACCUCUUCAGCUGGGCUCGCUUUACAAGCUCCUACAUUACUGUACGUGUCAGUAAAGAGCAGGACCACAUUCUCAUCAGUCCACGAGGUCUUUCUUUUGCUGAAGUGACUGCAGCAAAUUUGGUGAAGGUCAACAUAAUUGGUGAGGUUGUAGAUCAGGGUUCUACUGAUCUGGGCAUCGACCAGUUUGGAUUUGCUCCCCAUUCUGCCAUUUAUUCAAUGCGCCCUGAUGUGAGAUGCAUCAUCCAUACACACACCGCAGUUACAGCUGCUGUGUCCUCGAUGAAAUGUGGAAUCUUGCCCAUUUCCCAAGAGGCUUUGCUUCUGGGAGACGUGAGCUGCUUUGGUUACCAUGGCAGCCUGGAUGAUAAAGAGACAAAGGUGGAGUUUCAGAAAGCUCUGGGCCCGACUGCCAAGCUGAUGAUCCUGAGGAACCACGGCCUUCUGGCUUUGGGAGAAACAGUAGAAGAAGCUUUCCACUAUAUGUACCACUCACAGCUCGCCUGUGAGAUCCAGGUGAACGCUAUGAGAUGUUCAGGCGGCGCAGACAACCUCGUUCUAUUGGACAGGGAUAAGUUUAAGCCCCUGACCCAGGGAGUGGCCACUGCCGGUGUCGUCAUAGACAACGAGGUCAAGUGGAAAAUAGGCGAGGCAGAGUUCGAGUCUCUUAUGAGGAUGCUAGACAACCUGGGAUACAGAACGGGCCAUUCUUACCGGAACCCCAUUGUCCGUGAAAAACCCCGGUCUAAGAACGACGUCGAGAUCCCCGCCACAGUGUCGGCUAUGCCGCCAGAAGACUGUGAGCUUGGCCUGCGGAGCCCCUUCAAGUUUAUGGCGCAGAAACAACAGAGAGAAAGGACCCGGUGGCUUAAUUCACCCAACAGCUACUUGAAGGUCAAUGUUCCUGAACAGUCACCCAGCGGGGACGUGAGCCCGAGGACAAAAACCAUGUGGAUGAAGUCCUCGCAGCCAGGCAACAGCGUUGGCACCCCAAUAAAGAUUGAAGACCCUAACCAGUUUGUCCCACUCAACACUGACCCCACUGAGGUUUUGGAUAAGAGGAACCGGAUAAAAGAGCAACACAGAGGUGACCAGAUGACCCCGGGACCUAAAUCUCAGUUACUGGCAGGCAUUGUUGUGGACACCAUACCAGGACCAGCUUUCAUCAUUGAGGAUGAAGAGCAGACCCGCUCUCUUCCUCCCAAUCCUUUCAAUGAUCUCACAGAGAAGGAGCUGGAAGAAUACAAGAGCAUGGUAGAAAGAAAGCAGCAAGGCCAAGAAGAAGAUGAUGAUGCCACUGAUGCAGAUGAGAUGACCACAUUUGAUGGCUCGACUAUCUCCCUCUCCCUCUCUCCCAUAAUGACGCCAGCUAAACAAGACACAAUACCCAACGGGAAAGACCACUUGGCAGAGAUGGAGGAGGAUCUGAGCAUUGAGGUAUCCAAGCUGAGUGUGAGCACUUCAGAAACGGUGGAAAUCUCCAUAACAACGAAGGAAAAGACUGGGGAGCCUCAGACCCCGGAGAGCCAAACCAAGUCCCCCAAGAAAAAGAAAAAGAAGUUCCGCACACCUUCAUUUUUGAAGAAGAGCAAGAAAAAGAAGGAGGAGAAAGAGAAACCAGAAGCGUGAGGGAAUGAACCCGAAAAGCAAUGAAAACGUCUGAAUUGCCUUCCUAAUUUUCAGUUUGUUGAAGGGAAGUGAAAUAAGCCCCCCCAGGACAUUGUUGUAUUUGAACACCCAGUCCCCCUCAUUCACAGCUAUUAUUCAAUGUGAAAGUUUUUCAGAGAUGUGCCAGUAGAUGGUAAUGCGGAAGGUUUAAUUUCCUGUGAGAUUUCAUUUGACCACUGAGGGCUCAGCAGAGUUUCAUCAAAUCAAAAUGCAAUGCAGGACUGUUUUUGUUUUGGUUUUUCAUUCUUGCCCAUAUUUUUUAACGGGUUUUAGAAAUAGGCAUCAAAGGAGACGGGGGUGACUCAGAGCCCUGGAGAGCCAAACACAGGCCAAAGCUCUGAAGUUAAUGCAUCCGAUUGGACGUGUUACAUAUUUGUGAAUUUUUUUUUUCCCCCUUUUUGCACAAGUUCACUGUUGAAUGUAUACUGACAGCUAAGAAAAUUGUUUAACAAUUUAAAAACUUUAACUUCCAUACCAGUAGUGUAACAGCGGCUGAAGAUAUUCAAAUUAUAUGACGGUUAGACUUAUAAGAAGUACGAGUUGUAACUGAACAUAGUCAUAGUUCUACUACCUUGUAAUAAUAUAUGUGGGUUUAUAUUAUAGGUAUUAACAUUAUAGUGUUUGAGAGAUGAUUUCUUUGUCUAUUUACAUACUAACUCUUAUACUUAACACGCAGUGAUGGAUAAUUCAGUAAUAAUUCAUGUAGUUUUUAACAUUAUGUGGUAUUGUUCCCAUGGUUGCUGCUUUAUUGUAAUUGUGACAAGGAAUUGACUGUGACUAUCAGAAAGAGCUCAGCAAAGCGAGGAUUGCCGCACGUUGUUUAGGAGUGACAAAGCGUGACUUUUUACAGAACUGACGGGAAAAUCGCUUCAUUGGAUGAGAGUGGCACGUCUGCGCUGCAGAAAGUGAAAUGAAUGUGACGGAUGCUGACGGCAGAGUUUGGCUAAAUAGUCGGCUGAUGGCAGUGUGAUGCGGAAAGCUUUUCUUUGUAGCCACUGUUAGUUUGAUAUAAAGUAUAUUAGAGGGCCAUAUAUUUACAUCCCAGUCAAUAAUGUGAAUGAUUUGUUUAAACCCAAAGGGAGUGAAUUCUUUGCCUUUGUAAAUAGUUUUCUUUUUUUUUGUGAAGUUCUUUUGUUACGCUAAACCAAAUGUUAAACAAUGAAAUAUAGAGAUGUGACAGUACAAUCAAAUAACAAUAUUUUAACACUUCCUCUAUUGUUCUGGUUUUUUUACCCACCUUAAUUAAGCUCCUUAUUUACUGAACAUGCAGAGCGCUUUGUGUUUACAAACUGUAUUACUUGUGUAAUUAGUGUGCUUAAUGCUGUUCUUCCUCUGUUGUUUACAUUGCUGUUUGUAUCACCUAGUUGUUUCCCCAUCAUGCUUUACAUGACAGUCACCUUGCUUCAAAGUCAGCCUUUUAACAAUGCCUUGAUUUAAUGACCUGAUUUAAUAAAAGCUGGGAUAUGUUUCCAUAA